ACUUUCAGUCUUGGCUCUUGAAGCACAAGUUCACACACGAACAGCCUGUGCAGGUAGACGUGCUACGAUGAGGACAACGCCACUGGGGAUUGUUCUGGUCAUCCUUCAUGUCACAUUGUGUUCCAGCCAAUCAGAGAGCAAUUUUUUGAUGUAUGACAAGAAUGUAAACAAAUGCCUAAAAGGCUACCAGCCUCUAAAGCUGUUCUACUGUGAUUCCAACCAACUGAGCCAGCAGUUCCGCUGGACAUCCAACGACCGCAUCCUUAAUGUUCAUCUGAAGAAGUGCCUGGGAGCUGGGAGCACAGCAGAUGGUUCUGGCCUAGAGUGGCUCAUUUGUGAUGACACAAGUCAACUCCAAAAGUGGGAGUGCAAGAAUGACACGCUGUUAAAUCUGAAGGGGACAAAUCUUUUCUUAUCCCAAGAUGAAAACAGCAUCCUGAAACUCACCCAAGACAUUGGAGCUGCUAGUCAGUGGCUAACACAUGGCACUACAGAGGGGCUUUGCUCACGGCCAUACCAAGAACUGUACACAAUCGGAGGCAAUGCCUUUGGUCGCCCAUGCCAUUUUCCCUUCCAGUACAAGGGGAUAUGGUACUCAGACUGUUCGCUCUUGGAAUCAGAUGAGCCGUGGUGUUCACCGGACAGAGACUACCAGGACAUGUGGGGCUUCUGCCCUACUAAAUCAACUGAAAAUAAGCUCUGGAAGAAGAAUCAACUGACAGGCGUCUUUUACCAGUUGAAUGUCGGCUCUGCACUGACUUGGCACCAAGCUAGGAGGAGCUGCCAGCAGCAGGAUUCAGACCUGCUGAGUAUCACUGAGCCCCAGGAGCAAAGCUACCUAUCAGGGAUCACAACUGGAACUCAAACUACUUUUUGGAUUGGGCUAAAUCAACUAGACAGUGAGAGCGGAUGGCAGUGGGCAGAUGGACAUCCACUUCGUUACUUGAGAUGGGGAUCAGGCCAGCCAAACCCAGCCCUAGGAUGGUUCUGUGGUUCCUUAAACACUAUGCAGUCUUAUCACUGGGAAAACAAGUUGUGCUCAAAAAAGCACGGAUAUAUCUGCCAGAAAAGGACCACAGAUCCUGCUACUGCUACUCCAGGUCCACCAGCUUCUUGCAGUGCUCCAUGGGUGCCAUACGCAGAUCACUGCUAUUUUUUGAAUCGUACAAAGAAGACAUGGAAGGAUGCCAGCAUUCAGUGUAUGAGGACUGGAGGACACUUAGUGAGCGUUCAUGACGUAGAGGAGCAAAGCUUUGUCCUCUCACAGCUGGGAUACAGUGAGUCAAAUCACACUUUUAUUUUUUAUUUUCUUUGA